AUGGCUCUCCUCUUCACACAAGCCGAGGCCGACUUCAUCGUCCGCACCUUCUGCGGUCGACCCGACGCCAAUGCCGUGCAUUCGUCCGCCAAGCACAAGCAGAUGCCGCCCCACUCGCCCAACGGCGUCGACGAUCCCCUCGAUGCCCUCCUGUUCUGCGACCUGCCACUCGACCACUCCCCAACUAAUGAGAUACCUCACGUCUGCCUCGCGCCCGACUGCCACCAGCGCACCCAAGCAACGCGCGGCUACUGCCGUCAGCAUGGUGCCACCAAGCGCUGUGCGUUUGCAGGUUGUCCGCGUGGCCCCCAGCGGGGUGGCUUUUGCAUCACCCACGGCGGCGGCCGCCGCUGCACCGUUGACGGCUGCAACAAGGCCGUUCAGACCGCCGGCCUCUGCAAGUCUCACGGCGGCGGUAUCCGCUGCGGCGCCGACGGCUGCGACAAGAGCUCGCAAGGCGGUGGCUAUUGCCGAAAACACGGUGGCGGCAAGCGCUGUCAAGCUGUUGGCUGCGACAAGAGCGUGCAGCGGGGCAGCUUUUGCGUGCAGCACGGCGGCGUCCAGUACUGCAAAUUCGAUGGCUGCCACCGCACGGACCGCGGUGGCGGCUGCUGCGACGUCCAUCGCCACAACAACGAGUGCACGGUUGGGGCUGCAUGUCACCAAGGUCUCUGCGCUGCACACAAGCGGCGACAUGUCCGUGUGUCGUACGCGGUGCCAGCUUUCCUCUAUGCCUCGUGA